GUCCCAAAGUCUCGAUGUCACAACCCACAGAUUUAGUGCCAAACUUCGCAAUGCACGACAAUAUGCCCUCUCAGAGUUCGAAAUCCAGUGACCAGCCUACCAUUCAAGUUACAGCAGAACUCUUCAACUCGCUUCUGAAUUCAGUUGAGCUGCUGAAGCAAGAUGUCUCGAGACUCAAGGCUGAGAAUGCUUCCAUGGCAUCCGAUCUUCAACUCCUUCGGCAGCAUAAUGGCUCCAGAUUCUAUCUCUUUUCGAAACUUCCGACUGAAAUACGCCAUAUGAUUGUAAGCAGUAGCAACAAGCUUUCCGUACACCUCGAAUCCACGUCUUCCACGAUGAACAAGCAUAUCGUAGUCAGGCAAAUAUGCUCAUGCAGGCCUGUAGGGAAGCUCGCGAGAUUGGGCAAAAGAUGCAAAUGCCAUUCUACUCUUACCACGCUGAUCAAUGGUUUUUGACUGCUCCAAAAUGUCGAUCUUAUAUCAACAUAGAUAUAGACACUAUCUGGCUCCACAGGACCCUCGUCAUGCCUGACCACGUGCAUUUCUAUAGGGGUCCGCAGUCCGUGUCCACUGAGCGUGACGACGUAUCAUGGGAUCUCGAGGGAGCGAAAUGUCAACCACAGUUUCGUUUUAACUGCUUGGCAAUGGAUGCCGAUAUAUGGGAAGAUCCCGUGGUUGACAUUAGAAGAAACGAACACGUCGGAUCGACCGACGUACUCCGCAUGGCAAACAGCCCGCGUGAACUGUAUAUUGUUGUUGCUAGACCAAGGGUGUUCAGCUCGUCAAAGAUCGUAUUCGUCAAGCCAUCAUUACUUCCUCAUGAGAUUUGUGCUCCAGAUCGCGCGCAGUACCGGACAGGCAUGUAUCCUCCGGACAAUCUAGUACACCCGGACCACACAUAUACAUGGGAAAAGGCAGCUCGAAGAUUGGAAACAUUGCUAACUCAGUUCAAAGACAAACGCGCAAAGGACAGAAAGACAGAAAUCGAAGAGAACGGAUGGACUCUGGAUGAGCUCGACAACUGGGUUGACUUUGUGGAUCUAUCUAAUUUGGAGAUUCCAAAAGUUAGAUAUGUGGAAGCUGUCGAGUAUACUCACGACUGGGCCUAGCCCAUAGACGAUAGAGUCAUCAACAAAUUGAAACCGAUAAUGAUGAAUAACCUGGAGGAAGGACGGAUAGCAUGAAGAGAGUAAAGCAGCCUUCAGAGUUCAACCUCGACUUGCACGAUACCAUACAUUGUGCAGAUCUUAACCAACACUAUUAAUAAUUCGAUGUCUGCACUCAGUCCAAGUGAUUGAUCUGCAUUGGUGAUCGAGGAAACGCAGAGACUGGGUUUCUAAUUCGUACUGAACUUGUUGGAUG